AAUACAAUGAGUCUUCGCAUAUAUCCAUGUCGUCUGCGAAGCCUUCGCGAGGAUCUUUGCAGCGUUGAUAUCCUUCGGUCGUACAAGGACGAACGAUCUCUUGGAUAUCCUCCCCAUGCACCAUUGGACUAGCGUACAGGCUAAACGGCCAUCGGGACGAAGUUGUCUCUCGUUGAGAAACCGCGUUGGCAUUCGUGAGUAUAUGCGAUAAAUGGACGAUUUGCAGCGCAGCUCCGUAGGUAAAGCGAAUAGCAGCGACGCGGACAGCUGACAGGGAAGUUCCCAUGGAACGGCGAACAUCCGGGGCACUUUACGCCAGGAUAAAAGACCAGCGUCCCGGAAAUUGUCUGCAAGAGCCCCGGCUUUCCCAAUCGCAAUGCUUCUCUCACUGACCAUCUUUACGCUUUGCCUUUCGGCUGUCGCUCUCCCAGUCAUCGAGAACCCUGCGGAGGGGCUGACGGUCAGUGCUUCAGUUGCCGUCACCGUCUGCGCGCUGAGAUGACUUCGGGCUCAGAUCAAGUGCACCUGUGCUGGAACGAACGGCACCGACGGCGCUCAGUUCCAUUGCGGUGACCGUCGCUUAGGACCCGCCAAGCUGCCCCACAAGUUCCCAUUCGACGCGAUGCUCGCGACCUACAGCCGCUUUGGAGACCUCUGCCCCGACGCGUGGCUCGCCAAGUACACCCACCCCUCGACAGGCGCGCUCGUCUUCCCGCCCGACGACGGGUUCCAGAUCUCCGACACCGCGAGGGCGAUCAAGGGCAGCCAGACGCUCGUGCCGGGGAUGCUGUUGGAUCGGUUCGGGUUCGA